GGGGAUUUAAAUUUUUUAUUUAAUUAAUUAAAUUUCAAAAUGGCUUCCUCUGCAAGUAAAUUGGAAAAUUUAGAAAUUAAAGAAAUGCAAGUAGUUCCCUGCACUAAUUCGCCGUAUAUACAAUCAUCAAGGGUGACUUUUAAACAAGUAAAUAUUUUUAUGCUUGCAAUGAUUUUCUAAUUUUUGGCUAGAGCACAACUGAGUUUUUCGAUAUUAUAUUUAAUACUUGAAAUCGAGCUUGAACACAAAAAGUAAAAUAUUACAUUGUUCUGUUUUUCUGCUAGAAUGGAAUUAAUCGAAUCUGGGAUUAUAUUAGAGAACAUGAUGGGUAAACAAUUCAUUUUAUUUCAUUUAUCCUGUUAUUAUUUUACUAAUUAAUAGUAACAUAUUUAUAGUAUUAUAAAAUACCAAAGUUAAAUAACUAAUGACUUUCUUGUAUAGUGUAUAUAUUCUUCUCUACAACACAACAAGGCAGGCACUUGUGUUGGUAAAGCAAUUUCGACCAGGUAAGUUAGUAUCCUGCACACAAAGACUUACCUAUAGCCUCACCCUAAUACAAUAUAAGGUCUAUGGUUCGAAGCCAAAAUGCAAGUAUGCGGAUAGCAAGAGUUCCACUUACUUAUGUGGUACUUGGUUGAAAACAAAGAAAUACUGAACCAUAAUGUUGGCAUACUUCUGGUAUGCAAAUUAUCGCACCCUGAGGGUGCAUGGGUUAAGAUUUAUGGGGUGAGGUAGACUGGUUAAUGCCCAACAUUUUCCUUUUCAUAUAAAGUAAAAGUUGUCCACUCUUGGAUAAAGUAGAGUAGCAAUUGAUACACCAGGAGGAAAUUUUAGUUUAAAGAUAAAGAGCAGAGCCCAGCAAAUAACUUUAAAACCGAACAUAAUAAAAGUAAAAAAGUAUUAACAAAAUUUUAUCAACAAAACGUUAGCUAAUAAAUUUUUUACUUUUAUUAUGUUUGGUUUUAAAGUUAUUUGCUGGGCUCUGCUCUUUAUCUUUAAAGUAGAGUAGGUUAAGCCAUGGUUUGUCUAGCUAACACCAGAUAAUGCUAUUCUUCAAGGAGAAAGUAGAUGAAUGGGUUUUAAAUACUUCAAAAAUGGUAAAUCAUUUCAACAUUUCUCUACACAGCUCUGUAUAUGACAGUAAACAGAGAACAACAUGUGGAACAAAGUCAUGAUCUACAUAAAGAACAUGUCCAGAAAAUAGACAGCAGUAUCCCUUACACGGCCCCGCCUACUUGUGGCGUCUCUUACGAACUCUGUGCUGGCAUUGUUGACAAACAAACAAGUCUAGAAGAGAUUGCAAAAGAGGAAGUGUUCGAGGAGUGUGGGUAUGACGUUCCCUUGGGUGAUAUCAAACGAGUUAGCGCUUGGAGGGGUGGACUUGGCACCAGUUGCAACAUGCAUACAUUGUUUUAUGCAGAGGUGACAGAUCCAAUGCUGGUGUCAGGUGCAGGAGGUGGAAAUGUACAUGAAGGCGAGCAAAUUGAGUUGUUUUAUCUUCCUGUUGGUGAAUUGAGAUCGUUCAUGUAUAACGAAGAUAUAGCCAAGGAGUGCUCCCUUUUGUUUGCCUUGUCAUGGUGGAUAGAAAAUGUUCAAAAGGCAUGAAUAUCAAGAAGAGUGACAUAAUACAAUUAAAACCUGUAGUCAAAGCCAUAUGAAUGCUGCAGUCUAAUGUUAAAAUAAUUUUGAAAAUUAGCAAAAAAAUUAAAUUAACCACACAAAAAAUGUCACAUAUAACAUAGAUAGAAAUUUCAACACAAAAUGCAAGUUUUUUAACUUUCCUAGAAAUAUUUAAAAAUAGUUAUCUAGUGUCUAGAAUCUACAUCAGUAUCACCAGUACCUAUUAAAAAUAAAAAAAUAUUGAAACUACUUUGAAGUUUUGCAAAAAGGCCGGUCAUAAGAAGGUAAUAGUACUAACUUUCUGACCAAUGCUUGAACACCAAAGUUUUUUCUUUUUUUUUUGUAAUUUCAACACAAAUCUCACAGUAUGAACAUGAAUAUUUAUUAGAGUGAGUCAAACAUCAUGAUUUCUGUGUCCAAAAAACCAAAACAUUAAAUUAUUGCAAAUGAAUUACAAUUCACAAUUGUAAAAGAAAAAUUAAUUUUUAUAUAAUUAUAUAUAUAGCUAUAUAUUAAAUAUUUAUCUCUUAUAUAUACUAUUAUAUUAAACAUAUUAAUAACAAUUUAAAUACAUUUCCUCAGAAAUACUUUCUUAAAUCUUGUCUUUUGUAUUGAACCCCAGUUUAACUUUUUACAUUAAAUAGUUUUCACAUUUUAACAAAUUAGUUUACAUUCUAACAAGUUUUUAACAAUAUAAAUAUAGGCCUACUUUCCUUUUAACUUGUACGACUAUUGAAGAUUAAUUAUCACGGAUUGUAUCAUUGAAUAAGCAUUCCUCUGCCUAGAUAAAUAAAUUAACA